AUGCAUUUGCUGCUGCUUCACAUCCUGCUGAUUUCAUGGCUGCAAACAGCAGAGCAAUGUAGUGAUGUGCAUGGAAAAAAGAGGAUUUCACAUCUACCUCAGGAGUUGCUAAUGAAAUAUCUAACAGAUGAAGGAACUCUAGCAGAGCCUGAUCUUUUUGUGACAGACCUCAUGGCAAAAACAGCACGCAAGGAUCAAGAUGAACCAGAAGAGUCCAGGUAUAUUUUCCCACAUGUAGUUAGCCAUACAGCUCAAGGUUUGGGAAGACAGGCUCCUGCAAAUCCAUCCCCAUACCCGGAGGGCCCUCGAUUUCUUUUUCCGCAUCCUCACAGCAAGAGAGAGACGGACCUGUUCUUGCGAAAAGAUGCCAAGAAGUUCUGGAAUCUAUUCAUGCUGAAAACCAAGUCAAGGUCUGAAGAGACUGUCCUUCCAAUCAAGACCAAUGAAAUGUACCAGGACAUUUGCAACACUCUUCCUUUUUCACAGAGCAUUGAGCAUGAGAACUGUGAGAAAGUGGUGGUGCAAAACAAUCUAUGUUUUGGGAAAUGCAGUUCUUUCCAUGUUCCUGGACUGGAAGAUCGCCUUUACACCUUCUGUUCCCACUGCUUGCCUACCAAGUUUUUCAUGAAACAUUUAGAGAUGAAUUGCACCCGGACUGCUCCUGUAAUCAAGGUGGUUAUGAUUGUAGAAGAAUGUAAAUGUGAAGUUCAGAAAGUAAAAGCUUCUGAAAUAGGAUUUCUAUAUUCAGAUCUGUAUGCAAAUAUGUAUGAACAUAGCUGA